AUGAAAACCUUUGGUGCCUUCUUUCUUUUAGCUUUUUUGCUUGUUUCAUGCUCCCUAUCCAUUGCAACCCGACCUGAACCCGAUCCAAAAAAGUCGACAAAAGGCAACCCCACCAACCAAAACAACAAAGCAGGUGGACAUGACGGUGGGUUCUUUGGAUCCGGAUCCGGGUUUGGUAUGCCCGGGUUUGAUAAAGGGUGGGGUAAUAUUGGUGGUGGGUAUGGAGCUGGGUUUGGUGGUCCAAAAGGAGGGUACUCUAAAGGUGGUGUUGUAAGGGGCAGUGUGGUGUGCAAAGAGAGAGGCCCAUGUUAUAAGAAGAAGCUGACUUGCCCUGCCAAAUGCUUCAGCUCCUACAGCCGGUCAGGGAAGGGCUAUGGAGGUGGUGGUGGGGGCGGUGGGUGCACCAUAGAUUGUAAUAAGAAGUGUGUUGCUUAUUGUUAG